GGAAAGUGUGACCACGGUAUCGCGCCAUGACGCGCCCCCCAUGCUAGCCAAUGAGGAAGUGCUAGUUUGCAUCAAGUUUUCAGCGUAGUUUGACUUAGGUGACGACGCCUUCCUACUAAACAUCUCAUGUUACAAAGAGGCAAGGUUCUGGGUUCGGGUGCAGCUCGCUGGCCAGCCUGGGUGGACUGGAUCCAGCCGACAGCUCGGUGCGUCCUGCUAGCUUAGCGGCUACAGCUAGCAAGACUCCGUCAGGUGAGGACAGGUCCCAUCAGCCAUGGCGGGUGGAAUCACAGAGACCGGCGAACCCUACUCUCCGUUUGUGGGGCUGGUGUACAUGUUCAACCUGAUAGUGGGAACAGGAGCGCUCACCAUGCCCAAAGCCUUCGCCACGGCCGGCUGGGUGGUCAGCUUGGCGCUCAUCUCCUUCCUGGGAUUCAUGAGCUACAUGACCACCACCUUCAUGAUCGAGGCCAUGGCGGCGGCGAAUGCUCAGCUGCGCUGGAAGAGGAGGGAGCAGGACGAGGUCAACGACAACGACUCCACCUCUGACUACUCUGAUGAUGACAUCACAGGAAGGGGGCGGUGCGAACCAGAGACAAAGCCCAUCCUGUCUAUCCUGUGCUGUCAUGGCGCUUCUUUGGUUUUGCCAGAGCGGUCGGGCGGUCACGUGGACCAUUUCGACAUCGCUGAGCGCGUGGAGAUGGGUCAGAUGGCCUCCAUGUUCUUCAACAAAGUUGGAGUCAACAUGUUCUACAUCUGCAUCAUCGUCUACCUGUACGGAGACCUGGCCAUCUACGCUGCAGCUGUUCCCAUCUCCCUGAUGGAAGUGGCCUGUGGAAACCACUCGUGCAGCGCUGGAGGCGUGAAGUACAACGACACAGAUCCAUGCUGGGGCCCCGUCGCCAGGAAAGACGCCUACAGGGUGUUUCUGACCGUCUUUACUCUUCUGAUGGGACCGUUCACCUUCUUCAACGCUCAGAAGACCAAAUAUCUUCAGAUCCUCACCUCGCUCAUGCGAUGGAUCGCGUUCACCAUGAUGAUCAUCUUGGCGCUGAUCCGCAUCGGCAAAGGCGCCGGCGAGGGCCGGCCUCCCGCCGCCUCCCUCUCGGGCGUGCCCAACCUGUUCGGCGUGUGCGUGUACUCCUUCAUGUGCCAGCACUCGCUGCCCUCGCUGGUCACGCCCAUCUCGGAGAAGAAGCGCGUGGGCGUGUUGGUGCUGGCCGACUACGUGCUCAUCCUGGGCUUCUACGCGCUGCUGUCCUUCACCGCCAUCUUCUGCUUCGACAGCUCGCUGCUGUAUGACAUGUACACGCUCAACUUCACCGACAACUGCAACGUGCUGGACGUUCCCUUCCUGCGCUACUUCCUGGGCCUCUUCCCCGUCUUCACCAUCAGCACCAACUUCCCCAUCAUCGCCGUCACGCUGCGCAACAACUGGAAGACGCUCUUCCAUCGUGACGGCGGCACCUACCCGUGGGUGGUAGACCGCGUGGUCUUCCCGCUCAUCACGCUGGUGCCCCCCAUCGUGGUGGCCUUCUGCACCCACAACCUGGAGUCCCUGGUGGGCAUCACGGGAGCCUACGCCGGCACGGGCAUCCAGUACAUCGUGCCGGCGCUCCUGGUUUACUAUGCCCGCCGCCACGUGGAGCCCGUGUUGGGCCGCGACGCCGUCAACAAGCACGGCUCGCCCUUCCGCCACACCGUGUGGGUGUGGUUCGUGGUGCUGUGGGCCGCCUUCUGCCUCAUGUUCGUCACGGCCAACAUCAUCCUGACCGACACCAAGAAAUGAGAGCGGACGUCACCCCAUGGUGGGGGGGGCAGCGUGCCUUGUAAGGGACGGAAAGACGCCGCCUUUAUCCGGAAGCGAGCUAAUGGUCUUCUAAACUCGAAACUGACCAAAGCUUCUCCCAGGCUGCAGGACCUUUGCACACGUUCUCCGCAGGAUCUUUGCACCUUACCCAUGCUUUUCUUUCUUUCAGACGCCAUUUUUAUUCCAGGAAGGAUGUAAGUUUACAAUAAUGUAACCUAGCAACCCGCUCGCCCGGGGUUGCCAUGGCAACGGUUGACCUCCUGCGUGAUACAGAAUACGUCCAAACGUAAUAUGACGUGCCUUUUGGUUGCAUCGUUAUGUUCAAAUCAAGCUGACAAUCCCGACCAAUCAUCACCCGUCUUUGCAUCGUGUGACCUGUGACCUCUUAGUCGGAGCGUUGAUUAGUGUUUUUUUUUUUUUUUUUUUAAUGAAAGUUCUUAAAAAAAAAAAAAAAAAAAAAGAUAAUUAAAGUGGAAAAUUCGGCUCAACCUUUCAUAUUUUUCCAUGUUUUUGUUUCCGGUAACCAAAACUUUGCCGUCGCUUCCCAAACUAGCUGAGCAUUUCGGUGUUUCAAUGAGUGUGAAUCCCCGCCCAGUCUCAGUUGGGUCUGCGGCCCCCAGGAAGGCGUCCGGGAGGCAGCAUAACGAUAAUGGAAUCAUUUAGCAUUAUGUUUAACAUAAAACAUAAUGCCCUUGAUUCACACAAUAAAUAGUCCUUAUUUGGACGUACUGUAAAUAUCACACAUUGCUAUUUCACAAAUCAGCACGAGAAUAACUUGAUGACCAGCAAGAUGGAUUUAAUAUUCAUAACUGCACGUUUAUUUCUAUCUUUAACAAGCGUGUGACGACAUAGAAGGAUGCACUGCACAGUAAUUGCACCUUUUGUGUUUCCUUGCUAGGAAUGAAGUGCGCUUACUAAACUGUGACUUGUGUCGCAAAAAAGGUGAUCCCUUCAUGAAAUCCGCACCAGUUUAAUUUUCCGUUAGCUUGCAUGCCACCGCGGAGAGCUUCGGAUGUGGCGUUGUCGCUCCAUUGACGUCCUUCCGAGCCGCACGCUCCUCGUUCGAUGCGCUCGUUAAUGAGCUCCGAUUGAUGUUUGCACACUCCUUCAUGCGCACGCCACGCUCCAUUUCCGCUGAAGAUUCCUCCUCGACACCUUCUUUGCUCAGUUUCAUGGUCGCGUCGUGAGGCCCUGCGCCUCUUUUGAGGAUUUUCGGAAAGCCGUUUCCCGGCAGCCGCCACCUCGUUAGCACAGCGUUAACAUUUAGCGCGGUUGAGAAGGUCAAAUCGUGUCGGCGCAAAGAGCAACCUGAUAAGUCUGCAAACCUUCAUCGGGUCAAAGCAUCAGGAGGUCGCGGCGUCGCCGUACGGUCCGAGGCGUUCGUGUUCGCCCUUUAAUGACACGCUAGCGUGGACAGUACUUAGCGCGUACUGCUAGCUUCUCUCAUUAGCCGUGCUUUCCUUUCCGUGUUGUCAUGCCGUAGCGCCGGCUUUUAGUUACUGAAAGGUCGUGGUCACCUUGGUCCGCUAAUGGGAACGCCGCAUGUACGCAUCAACGCCGCCAUGCCAGUCUUUAGUUUAAUGAUCGUUGGCAUGAAAGACGGAACAUGAUGGCGUUAAAGGUCACCAUCAUCACAACUUCACGCCUUAACAUCACCAGUACUCCUUUUCAUCGCUUUUUGUCUCCCACGGCAACCGUAAGAAUGACCCCCGUAGAUUGCGGUCCCUCGGCGCCGCUCCUAGCGGUGGCGGUGGCGAACCAGCCAGGUGCACGAAAACACGGAAUGUCAAAAAUGUCCCAUUUAUGCUAAGUGGGCGGAGCUUCAUUGCCUCAUUUCCCGCGGCGCGGCGUGACGUGUUGUCAAUCACUUACUCCAUCCCAUAAUAAGCCGUAUUGGCAUGUAGACCCUCAUUCUUCACCUGCGGCUCGUCCUGGAAAAACCUCCUGCAAGGUUAACCAAGGUCAUGAUGUAAUAUUUAGCUGUCCUCCGGGGAGGCGGGCACAAAGGUGACUGCUAAUCAUCAUUCUGUCUGGACAUCAUGGCUGACGGUCACGUGACCCAGACGUGCUCAGAGUGCUGAUAAAGUAGGACACUUGAUUAGGUACACCAUGAAUGCCAUCUAAUAAGAAAGCUCUGUCUUCAGAAGAUGAAAGUGAUUGACAAGCCAAUCACAGUCAAGCAACAGGAAGAAGAAUGUCCUCCCGGAAAGCAAAGCAGGAAGUGAAGGGUUCGCCCGGUGUGGACAGGUCCAACGCAGGAUGCUAGCUUAUUUGUGAUGCAACACCACUUCCUCAUCGUCACCCCGAGAGCGAGCUUAGUCUGCGGGUCGUGGGAAGUCUUGCAUCCGCCUAGGAAGAGCUUUAAAGUCCUGGGUCCUCCAGUCCAGGAUUCCUGAUAAUUGGCAGAAGACGACCAGCGACAUCAAACGAGGUGGAUCAUGGAGAACCUCAACUUACCUCCGCUUGUUCCCUCGGAGACGCUGUUAGCCAGUCAGAAGCCAGAAGAAAGUCACCUAAGGAAAAGACGGAUGCUGCGUCUCAAAUGAGUACACAUUCAGUACACUUCAAUAAGUAUUCUGUGUAUACGUGUACUUUGUACUUGAAUAUGAUAAUUUUGGUUGUUAGCACUGUCUUUCACCCUUUCUACUACUACUACUGUCACUAUUAAUGCUACUACUAGUAGGGUAGGGUCUGUAUAUGGUAGAGUCAGUAGUAUAUGGUAUUAGGGUCUGUAGUAUAUGGUGGUAGGGUGAGUAGUAUAUGGUAUUAGGGUCUGUAGUAUAUGGUGGUAGGGUGAGUAGUAUAUGGUAUUAGGGUCUGUAGUAUAUGGUGGUAGGGUGAGUAGUAUAUGGUAUUAGGGUCUGUAGUAUAUGGUGGUAGGGUGAGUAGUAUAUGGUAUUAGGGUCUGUAGUAUAUGGUGGUAGGGUCUGUAGUAUAUGGUAUUAGGGUCUGUAGUAUAUGGUGGUAGGGUGAGUAGUAUAUGGUGGUAGGGUCUGUAGUAUAUGGUAUUAGGGUCUGUAGUAUAUGGUGGUAGGGUGAGUAGUAUAUGGUGGUAGGGUCUGUAGUAUAUGGUGGUAGGGUCUGUAGUAUAUGGUAUUAGGGUCUGUAUUAUAUGGUGGUAGAGUCAGUAGUAUAUGGUGGUAGGGUCUGUAGUAUAUGGUAUUAGGGUCUGUAGUAUAUGGUGGUAGGGUCUGUAGUAUAUGGUGGUAGGGUCAGUAGUAUAUGGUAGGGUCUGUAGUAUAUGGUGGUAGGGUCUGUAUAUGGUAGGGUCAGUAGUAUAUGUUAUUAGGGUCUGUAGUAUAUGGUGGUAGAGUCAGUAUAUGGUAGGGUGAGUAGUAUAUGGUAUUAGGGUCAGUAGUAUAUGGUGGUAGGGUCAGUAGUAUAUGGUAUUAGGGUCUGUAGUAUAUGGUGGUAGGGUCAGCUAAUGAAGUAUUUCCAGUAUUUCACACAUGUACUUUGUUUUUUUGAAACUGAUGUUUGGAGGCAGGAGGAUGAGGAAGAGGAGGAGGAAGAUGAAGCCGCUGCGAAGGAAUGUUUUCCAUCCCGGUCGCGGCGGGAGCGUCCAGACGGCGGCUCGCCUGCGUCCCGGGACUUUGGCGCUAAUUGCUUGCGGAGAGAAGAUGCUGAUGAGAGGAAGAUGCUCCGGGCUGUAAUGAAGGAUGUUUGUUGACCUCUGUGACCUUGGCGCCGCAGACGGGAUGAGCGUGACACGUGAAGGUGAAGCCGCCAUGAUUGUUUUUUUUUUCCCCGUGGUGUCACUGUGAGAUUGGAGUGCUGAUUGAUGACCCUUGACGGCAAUGAAGCCCCCGCCUGCCUCCGUGCACGCCGCGCGCACGUGCGCACACACUCCAUGGCGGCUGGGAGCCUUGAAGAGUCCGCCAGGGUUCAUUGUCCGGGUCUCAGGAGACGCAUCAAUCAGCGGCGACGCGCGUAGACCUUCACGACUCCUGACGUGACGUAACGCGUUCAAACGUACACGCAGGACACGCGUCAGCACGGGCCGCCCCGGUGGGAUGACCUCCCCCAGGAACAGGAAGCGUCAGGCUGCUUAGUCGGGCUUAAACUUGCAAAGUUAGAAUGAAAUUAAAUACAACUUAAAGUAAAAUAAACAUACAGUAUACAUAAAAAUACUCAAUAAAAGUAUAUCUCCAGGUUAUGGUGGGCGGUUUACAGGACCCUUGGGCCUGAGUCCCGUAUGACGCUAGUCGUUGGGCCACGUUUAGGAUGGCCGCCGUCAUCGGCUCGGCUCGGCUUUCUGCUGGACUUUCACAAGCGUUGCACCACCCAACGCCCGCAGGAAUAGAAUAAAUCAUACAACAUCCGCGCUGACGCAACACGCUGGCGGCCAUGAUGUAACGCCGAGUAAAAGUCGUCCAUGUUGGCCAUCACGGCGGGACAAGGGGUGGCUCCUCCUCCUCCUCGUCAUCUUGGCUCAGCGAAGACUCUCCGGACGCAGCAUCAGCAUCAGCAGCAGUCCCCAUGCUAACGCCUUCAUUAGGACAUAUCUUUGUUCAAGUGAAGACAUCUCACUCUGACCGGUGAUUGACGCCAGCCCGUUUUGGCAAGAAUGCAUCACAUGGCCAGCGAGCGUCAUUCCCGAGCACGCGUCCAUCGUGUUGAUAGACCGUCGACACGGUCGCUAACAAUCCUCCGCCAGCAGAGGACACGUGAAGACACGAAGACAGAUGGCGCCACGUUGGCGGCCGCGCCACAACAAGCUCCAAAUGAAUCCCAAAUAAAAAAAAAAAGCCUUUGGCAUGAAAGGAAGAGAGUGAGGAUCCAUCACGGAGCCAAACGGGAGUAGAAACACCAUGGACGUCCGCCCACCCGACCAACGUCCGUGCAUAAAAACAUUCCUGUUAGAUUUGGAAAAUGAGGCCGUCAAAUACGUUCUAAUGUUAGGAGAAUAUUACGUAAUAUUAUAAAUAUUACGGCACCAAGAUCAGAACCACAAAGUCAAGUUGAAUUAGUCGUAAAAAGGAGAAAAAUGUUUAAUUUUUCCAAAAAGUCAUAAAUUAAAAAAGUCAUUAAAUUAUUUUAAAAUUAAAAUUUGAGUUGAAAUACCUUUUUUAUUAAAAUCUGCAAUGACACCAGAAACAAACCACAUAAAGUUUUAGUCAUUUUAGGACAAUUAGGUUAUCAAAAAGUGUAAAGUUAUGAGAAUAAAGUCAUAACCACAAAUAGAAAAAUAGUAAAAGUAAUCAUGGAAAAUAAGUUUAAGUGUUUUUCAAGAAAAAAGUAGCAAUUUUAUAAGAAUGAACAGAAUAUUAUGAGUUAUAUUUAGUUGAAAUAUAAAGAAAAAAAAAUGGGAUUUUUGGAAAAUUAGGUUUUGCCAAAAGUUACAUUAUGGCAAUAAAAUCCAAAUAUUGGUAUUAUAUUAUAUUUCUACAGUCUAUGUAGAAAUUGUAUGUACAAUGUAUACAAUAGGGCUGCACGGUGGUCGAGUGGUUAGCGUGCAGACAUCACAGCUCGGAGACCAGGGUUCAAUUCCACCCUCUGCCAUCUCUGUGUGGAGUUUGCAUGUUUUGGGGUUUUGGAGUCCAGGGUGUACCUCGGACAGCUGGGAUAGGCUCCAGCACCCCCUGCGACCCUUGUGAGGAUAAGCGGUAGAAAAUGAAUGAAUGAAUGUAUGUAUACAAUAGACUGCAUGGUGGAUGAGUGGUUAGCGUGCAGGCCACACACCUAGGAGACCCGAGUUUGAUUCCACUCUCUGGCAUCUCUGUGUGGAGUUUGCAUGUUUUGGGGUUUUGGGGACCCCGCCUCUCGCCCCAAGACAGCUGGGAUAGGCUCCAGCAUCCCCUCGUGAGGAUACGUGGUAGAAAAUGAAUGAAUGAAAGAAGCAGCCAAUAGGAAGCGGAGGUUUUAGUCUUUCAUCAUUUCCUUAACCUUGGCAGGU